AUGGCGGUGUUCAAUGUUUUCCGAGUCGCGGGUGAUCUUUCCCACCUGGCAUCAAUCUUUGUGUUGAUGUGGGCCAUCCACAGGAACAAGAGUGCUGAGGGUAUUUCGCUCCUCACGCAAUUACUAUAUGCCCUCGUCUUUUUCACACGCUAUCUCGAUCUGUUCUCCGGUGAAUCAUGGACCUUGAUAGGCCCUGCAGGGUCUGCUGUACUAUGGAACACCCCCUUGAAGAUCUUCUUUAUUGCCUCAUCCUUCUACGUGAUCUAUCUGAUGAUGCGGGUCUAUCCUCGGACAAGAGAAAGGGAGCGUGCUUGGAAGCUGGGUACGUGGUCGGUCAUUGGAUCGGUGGCCCUGGCCCCGAUUGCUGUACUCAUUGAGUAUAGCAGAUUCCCCUCGUUCUGGGUUGUCGAGCUUUUCUGGGCCUUCUCUAUCGUCUUGGAAGCGGUGUGCGUGUUGCCUCAGCUUCUGCUCCUUCGCCAGACCACUGUUCCCACCGUGAUCGACUCUUACUACCUCGCAUGCCUUGGCUCCUACCGAGCACUCUAUAUUCUCAAUUGGAUGGUGCGAGGCUUUGGGUCGGAGCACCAUUGGGAUCCCAUUGCGUUGGUAUUUGGUAUCAUCCAAACCGCUUUCUAUGUUGACUUUGCCUGGGUGUACUACUCCCGCCAGCGCGUGAAGUUGCGCAACGGUGGGGUGGUUGACUCGGAUGAUUUCAGCAAGAGCUGGCUCGUGAAUCGUGUCGUGAACUUCCGUGCCCGGCGCACGUCGACCGACGAGGAGCAGUACCUUCGGGAGGACGAGAUUGAGGGAGAUGGACGGACCAACACUAACCGAUGGGGUGUCCGUGGUAUCUCUGUCGCGGCCGAUGAUACUCUGGACAACUCUGGUCGUGGAGAAAACCACGACGAUGGUCUCGAAGGGCUCUCUGACGAUGAUCUUGAUGCUGCUCCGGCCCGUGGCCAUUGA